AUGACAAAAUGUGGUUACUCGGCCUCUUCGGCCGGUGCCCUUGCCUCUGAUGAGGAGUCUGAUCUGUCGGGCCCUUGCCGUCUGCUGCCUUUCUCGGGCAGCUCCUGGCCUGUCGGUCUCCCAUCAGGAUGGUACGUUGGCUGCAAUUACACCUUCACCUUGCAGCCCGCCGCACCACGGACAGUUGCUCAAACUUCUAACAACUCUAACCAGCUCAAAAGUCAAUCUUCCAGCUUCCGUCUAUUCGCGACCCCAGCGUCGCAUGAGGGACAGACUUUGAGUUCCCGCCCUGCCGCAGGAAAUCAUCAGCUCAAAUCCCGUCUGUUUCAGUGA